AUGGUGGUAGGAAUUCUGACACGCUCCGUGCGCGGUGCUGCUGUCGCGCGUGCCCCGUACGCUGUUGCGGCGCCGGUGCGCGUCCCCUCGUUUGCACUUGCCCGCCGCACGUUUGCGACGCCCCCCAAUGAGGGUGGCGCGAAGCCGGACGGCGCUGCACCCUCCUCUGCCGACAAGGCGGAGGCGGCCAAGGGCGACGACAAGUCGGCGAUGCCCCGUGGCGGCAUCCCUCUUGAUAUUGAUACCACCUCUCUUAUUGAUCAGGAGGCUCUCGAGGCCCCCAAGGACGAGGACGGCCAGCCGAAGAAGACGAAUGCCAAGCCCCGCCGGGAAGGCAACUCGUCGAUCGACCGCAAUCGCAACUUUGUGGUGCGUUUGAUGCUGGUCGGCUCUGCGCUGGUCGCCGGCUACGCUACGUGGAUGUUGGGCCGCGACCUCGACGAGCACGAGCACGAGCUCUUCCACGACAAGGAAGGCGUCGACUCGUUCCUCGGCCGCCUUGCGCUCCGUUUCCAUGCGAUGCGCGAAGGCAUGAGCAAGCCGGUGUGGGACAAGCUGCUGCCAGACCCUCUGCCCUUCCCCUACUCGCGCCCCUACACGCUGGUGGUCGACCUGGACCAGCUCCUGGUCGCCUCCUCGUGGAGCACCGCGUCGGGCUGGCGUACGGCGAAGCGCCCCGGCCUCGACUACUUCCUCGGGUACCUCUCGCAGUGGUACGAGAUUGUGCUCUUUACCACGCAGCCCUUCUAUGUCGUGGAAAAAAUUGUCGAGAAGCUCGAUCCAGACCGCCGCUACAUUGCCUACCAGCUCUUCCGUGAGAGCUGCCGCAUGCACGACGGCAAGCUCGUCAAGGACAUUAACCACCUGAACCGCGACCCCCGCAAGGUGAUCAUCCUCGACAUCAACCCCGAGCACGCGGCGCUGCAGCCCGACAAUGCGAUCAUCCUCGACCCGUGGAAGGGCGAGAAGAGCGACCGGGAGCUUGUCGGCCUCAUUCCUUUCCUCGAUGCGAUCGGCAUCUAUGGCGUCGAGGACGUGCGCAACACCAUCAAGGCGUACCACGGCAAGAACAUUCCCACCGAGUACGCCAAGAACGAGGCCAUCCUCAAGGAGCGCCACGACGAAGAAUGGCGCGCCAAGAAGGAGCGCCUCGGCGGCUUCUCGUCGCUCUUUGGCGGUGUCGCAUCCGGACAGCCGAUGACCAACGACCCGCCCAAGACGUUUGUCGAGACGGAGCGCGCGCGCUUCCACCAGGGCUACCUCGAGGACCAAAAGUUCUGGCAGGAGAACGGCGAGAAGCUCCGCAAGCAGAUGCAGGAGGAGCAGGAGAAGCAGCUGCGCGAGAUGAAGCUCAACGCCUGGGAGGGCGUCACGCGCAUGUUUGGCGGCGGUCCGCCGCCGCAGCCGAGCGGUAGUGCAUAG